GCGCACGACGUGCGCGCGCCCUCUCCCUCCUCCACCGCUGCCGCCUCCUUCUUCUGCCGCUCCUGGUGCUGCUUGUGUGCUCGUUCGGUGCGGACCUGGUACCUCUUUUGUGAAGCGGCAGCUGAGGAGACUCCGGCGCUCGCCAUGGCCGACGAAAAGCCCAAGGAAGGAGUCAAGACUGAGAACAACGAUCAUAUUAAUUUGAAGGUGGCGGGGCAGGAUGGUUCUGUGGUGCAGUUUAAGAUUAAGAGGCAUACACCACUUAGUAAACUAAUGAAAGCCUAUUGUGAACGACAGGGUUUGUCAAUGAGGCAGAUCAGAUUCCGAUUUGAUGGGCAGCCAAUCAAUGAAACAGACACACCUGCACAGUUGGAAAUGGAGGAUGAAGAUACAAUUGAUGUGUUCCAGCAGCAGACAGGAGGUGUCUACUAAAAAGGGAACCUGCUACUUUACUCCAGAACUCUGUUCCUCCAGACCAAGAAGACAUUCUCAAUUAGAAAGCCGCAAUUUGGUUCCACCACAUCCUGACUACUACAGUAUAGUUUUCUCUAUUCUUUCAUUUUCCCCUUCCCCAUUCCUUUAUUGUACAUAAAGUAACUGUGUAUGUGCACAAGCAUAUUGCAUUUUUUUUUUUAACUAAAUGGCCAAUGGUAUGUUUUGAUCGACAUCAAAUGGAGAUGGGAUGGGGGAAAAUACUGCUUCUGUGAAAAUCCCCCCCUCUCCAUUAGUGGCAUGCUAAGUCGGCUCUUAUCUUUAUAUUCCAGUAAGUUAUUUUGCUCUCACUGUUUAACAAAAAAAAAAGAACAACAUAAAAAUCCUUGCAUACCUUGUUCGAUUGGAGAAUUUUAAUGUUUUUCAUUUAUCAUUGUAAAACCAAGGACAAUUUUAUAACUUUUUUGUACGUAGCUGUUACAUGUAGGGCAAUCUGUCUUUAAGUAGGGAUAAAUUACUCUAAAAGAAAUGAAUCCUAGAUAGUUUUCCCUUCAAGUCAAGCGUCUUGUUGUUUAAAUAAACUUCUUGUUUAAAAUGA